AUGUGCUUGUUCAUGUGGCAAGAAACAGAAGAAGCUUGUUUUGAAAUUCAUGAGAUCGUUGUGCCUCACUUGGGCAAUGUCCCAGUAGCAAAAGGCGAUUAUUCGAUGCUUCCAGAGGCUGUGAAAACCUUCAUUGGAAAAUGGGUUGAACUGUGCACUCCUCGGGGCAUUUACAUUUGUGAUGGGAGCCAAAAGGAAGCCGCUGAAAUCAUUCAGAAAUUGUGCGAACGUGGUACCUUACACCGACUUACUGCCUACGAGAAUAACUACAUUUGUCGCACUGACCCGAGAGACGUCGCUCGGGUGGAAUCACGAACCUGGGUUUGUUCUCCAAACAAGCACGACAUUGUUCCGCAUGUGGCCGUAGGAGUCGAUGGUGUCCUGGGCCACUGGAUUUCUCCGGAUGACCUUGACGCGGCUUUGAAUGACCGGGUACCAGGCUGCAUGUCAGGGCGCAUGAUGUAUGUGAUCCCAUUCAGUAUGGGCCCUGUGGGCUCGCCCCUGAGUAAAGUGGGCGUACAGGUCACAGAUAGUAAUUAUGUGGUCCUGUGCAUGCGUAUAAUGACGCGUGUGUGCCCGGAAGUGUGGAACGUACUGGAGAGUAGCCAUGAAUUCGUGAGGUGCGUGCACAGCAUGGGAUGCCCCCGUCCAUGUGACCACAAAAUCAUUAACCACUGGCCUUGCAACCCGGAGAAGACAAUUAUCUCACAUAUUCCGAAAGACCGUUUGAUCAUUAGCUAUGGAAGUGGUUACGGCGGCAACUCUUUACUAGGUAAGAAAUGCUUCGCUCUCCGCAUUGCCGGAUCCCUCGCUUACGAUGAAGGCUGGAUGGCCGAACAUAUGUUGAUCAUGUCUGUGACGAACCCUGCUGGCAAAGAAUUCUUCAUCGCGGCUGCCUUUCCUAGUGCUUGUGGAAAAACGAACAUGGCAAUGCUCGAGCCCUCGCUACCUGGCUGGAAGAUUCAAUGUGUUGGUGACGAUAUUGCUUGGAUGCGCUUUGAUGAUGAGGGUGUAUUGCGUGGCAUCAAUCCUGAAGCAGGCUUCUUUGGCGUGGCUCCAGGUACUAAUCGGAAGACCAAUCCAAAUGCUAUUGCAACAUGCUUGAAAAACACUAUUUUUACCAACGUUGCUGAGUCGCUCGAUGGACGCUUUUUCUGGGAAGGGUUGGAAGAUGAAUUCGAUCCAGAUACGGAGCUGAUCACAUGGCUGGGGCACCGGGUCAAGCUAAGUGACAAGACGCACGAUCCCAAGGCUCAUCCAAAUUCUAGAUUCUGCUGUCCUGCACGCCAGUGUCCGAUUAUUCAUCCGGACUGGGAGAAUCCCCGUGGAGUUCCGAUUUCUGCCAUUGUCUUCGGAGGCCGCAGACCUGAAGGUAUCCCACUCGUGAUGCAGUCGUUUGAUUGGAAACACGGAGUUAUGCUCGGUGCAUCUCUGAAGUCCGAAGCGACUGCUGCAGCCGAAUUUAAGGGUCAGUUCGUCGAUGUGCAAUUCUUUGUUCUCCAUCAGUUUCAUUGCUCCUCACUCCCUGUGACCUUUUCUCUUCUCUUAACAUCAGGUAAAGUUGUUAUGCACGAUCCGAUGGCAAUGCGCCCUUUUGUGGGCUACAACUUUGGCAAGUAUCUGGAACACUGGUUAAACCUGGAAAAGCCAGGUCGGAAGAUGCCACUUAUAUUUCAUGUGAACUGGUUCCGUCUGGAUGAUAAGGGCAAAUUUGUGUGGCCAGGCUUCGGGGAGAAUAUCCGCGUUAUUGACUGGAUGCUGCGCCGUUGUGAAGGUGAAGACAGUGGUGUUCCGACUCCGCUCGGAAUCAUCCCCAAACAAGGUGCUUUGGACAUGAAAGGUUUGAAUGCGAACUGGGACUCAUUAUUUGCAAUGCCAAAGGACUAUUUAUUGGAGGAUAUCGAGGAGACCACAAACUGUGAUCUUUGGUCACAACGCUGCCACACUUCCUCAGGAACUCAAAUUUUUAAAUGUUCGCUUUAA